AAAAAAGUACAAAAACAAACACCGUUGGAUCCAAAUCUCAUCAUCACUCCAACUCAGAAGAAGAAGAAAUGUACGGCAAAACAAUAUGCAUCAUCGUCCUCUUCAUCUUCCUCAUUGCCUCCUACUCAAUCUACAUUGGCACCGUCGAUCCCUCCCCUUACUUCUCCCAGUUCCAGUCCCUCCCCCGCACCUCCUCUCCCUGCACCUCCUCAUCAUCACCGCCUCCUCUCCGCGUCUUCAUGUACGAUCUCCCCCGGAAAUUCAACAUCGCGAUGAUGGAUCCUCACAUCUCAGACGUGGAGCCGAUCACCGCGAAGAACCUCCCUCCCUGGCCCCGGUUCGGGAUCCAGCGGCAGCACAGCGUGGAGUACUGGCUUAUGGCCUCGCUUCUCAACGGCGGAGAGGAGGGAGAGAAGGAGGCGGUUAGGGUUUUUGAUCCGGAAUCAGCGGACGCCUUCUACGUCCCUUUCUUCUCUUCCUUGAGCUUCAAUACUCACGGGAAGAACAUGACUGAUCCCGAUACGGAAUUUGACCGGCUGUUGCAGGUUGAGUUAAUGGAGUAUCUUGAGAAUUCUAAGUACUGGCAACGAUCACGUGGGAGAGACCAUGUGAUUCCGAUGACGCAUCCUAACGCCUUUAGAUUCUUGAGACAGUUAGUCAACGCGUCGAUUCUUAUAGUUGUUGACUUUGGGCGGUACCCGAAGGAGAUGGCACGGCUUGGUAAAGAUGUGGUUUCUCCUUAUGUACAUGUGGUUGAGUCUUUUGGAGAGGAUGGUGUUGUUGGUGAUGGGGAUGAUGAUGAUAGUACUCCUGAUCCAUUCGAGGCUCGCCCUACGCUUCUUUAUUUCCGUGGGAAUACUGUGAGGAAGGCUGAAGGGAAGAUUCGUUUACAGUUGGAGAAGUUGUUGGCUGGUAAUGAUGGUGUUCGUUAUGAGAAGAGUGUGGCAACAACGCAAAACAUCAAAGUGUCUACGGAAGGGAUGAGAUCAUCAAAGUUCUGUCUGCAUCCAGCUGGAGACACUCCAUCAUCAUGCCGUUUAUUUGAUGCCAUUGUCAGCCACUGCAUCCCUGUCAUCAUAAGCGACAAAAUCGAGCUGCCUUUCGAAGAUGAGAUAGACUACUCGGAGUUCUCAGUGUUCUACUCUGUAAAAGAGGCGCUUGAGCCAGGCUUCAUCCUCGAGAAUCUACGGAAGUUUUCAAAAGAGAAAUGGCUGAAAAUGUGGGGAAGGUUGAAGAACGUAUCUCACCACUUCGAGUUUCAGUACCCGCCCAAGAAAGAAGAUGCAGUUAACAUGUUAUGGAGACAGGUGAAACACAAGAUCCCAAAUGUCAAGCUAGAUGUACAUAGAAACAGGAGGUUGAAAGUCCCUGAUUGGUGGCUCUGAAAGAAUGACAAGAUUCUUUAUCAUUCUUUCUUCCUUUCAAUACUGUACAUUAGUUGAUUCUUUUGUUACCUUUUGAUGAUCCAUUUUUAUAGGCAUAUAUAUACUCUCGAAACAUCAUUUUAUAACCAGAUAAUAAUUUUUUUAAGGUUUUGGGAAAUGUGUAAAGAGUUCUUGUUGUUGUGAACUCGAAGUGGAAACAAGAAGGGAUCAGGAUCAGGCUGCUUUUCCUAUCUUAUCUCUGUUGUCUUGUUCUAAACC